UCUAGUGCGCAUACCCAUACGAAGGAUUCCAGAUGUGGCCAUCGUCCCUGUCAGGUCAGUCAGACCUUCGUAGUGGACAGAAGCAAUCUAUCAUGUUACCUUUCGCCUUUGGUUUGUUUUUAUUGCCGCUCUGCGGUGCGGUCUACAAGGGACCUUUGCUCCCUGAAAUGUCCAACGGGACAUUUCACCACUUUUUCGUCCCGGACGGUGAUUACGAGGAGACUGAAGACCCGGAGAAAUGUCAGAUGCUCUUUAAAUGGAUUGACCGCACACCGUGUCCGCUAGAGGAAGACCAGGACUCGAUCAUUCGGGAGGAUUUUAUCAUCAUUAAACAGCAGAUAGAAGACGCAGCGCGCGUUCUGGAAAGCCUCGGGAAGAGCAUUUCUUUCGAUCUGGACGGCGAGGACAGUUAUGGGAAAUACCUGAAGAGGGAGAUUGUGCAAAUCAAUGAGGCAUUUACAAACGUGGAGAAAUCUCUUCUGGAGCUGGAGACGAAAUUCAAGCAAAACCAGGACACCGAGCAAAGAGAGGAGAAUGAAUUCACCAAUAACUUCAUCAACCCCAUGCAUAAUGUGAGGAACACUCUACAGGAAACUCUGGACAUCUCGUCCGGACUCAAGGAUAAACAUGAGCUCAUCUCUCUGAUCAUUCGGAGUCAUGGAUCCAGGUUAAGCCGGCUUAAAAAUGACUACCUCAAUGUUUAGACUCACAGACAUUCUGGACAGACUACAGUCCAAGCUGGACUGGUAUGUUAACCGUGUUAAACGUUGGAUCUCACAAAGUGUGAAACUCGUUGGUGUUUUUCAUUAUGAAUGUUCAAUCUCAAUAAAUGAAGAGUUUUCAAUAGCAGAGAACCAGGAUUUUAUUGAGCUGUUAUGGUCCUUUCGGGAAAGAAAAAAAGUUAUUGAGGCUUCAUUAUGCCUUCAUAAGUCUAUUGGUUUCUUGGUUUAAAGCACAAGUACAACAGAUUCUAUGAAACAAUUUUUGGUUCAGUUUUUGAGCAAACUCAACUUUAUAUUUUUCAAGUAAAUCACAAAAAAUGUUUUUUUUUUUUUUUUUUUUUUUUUUUUUCUUAUAGAAAAUAUUUGUUGAUUAAUUGCAUUGUCCAAUUUUUGUCUCCGGGCAUGCAUGCAAACAAGAUUUUAAGAAUGUGUAUGCAUUUUUUGAUUGCACAGAUGGUUGCAUAAAUAAAUUGUUAUAGCCACCAAUGAAAGAAAUUUACAUUUCAUUUAGAAUAAAAAAAGGGGUAACCUAAAAUGCACUUUCUGAAGUGUAAAAAUCAGAAAUAUGAUUUAAUAAGAUUUAGUUAAAACUUUAUUUUAAAUGUAAGAGCAGGUAGAAAUAGCACCUUACACCACAACUGCGGUUGGUACUCUCAAAAUGAAUACCAUACACAGAUUUUUAUUUUUGGAAUGUCAAAAUCUGCUAUUCCUGUAAUCUGUCUUCAGUAGUCUGUUCUUUUUCAGCUGUCUGUAUACCACUGACAUUGAGGUUUGAGGAAGUUGGAAGGGAGGUGGUUAAACAAGCUGGUUGAGAUUUGGCAUUUCCUGUGCCAUUAGAACAGAGCGUCUCUUUCUCCUUCUGCCAUGUGGAAGAAUAAUCAAACUCUGCAGCAAUAUACAAAGAAACACAAUCUACCACUCCUGCUGCCAGCUCCAUGAGGAUGCUGGGAUAUUUUGCUGGUGAAUGGUUUUAGGGUUUAACUGUAGACUGCCUGUUAACAUAAGUCAUUACUCAUAACCAAAAUUACGCUGAAGCAUAAAACACAUCCCAAACCACACAUUCACAAGCUAAAAAAUUGUACCAAAAACACUGUGCUGUUGCUACAUGUUAAUUUCUAACCAGAACAAUGAAGUACUUAUAGAUGUUUUCUACCCACAGUCCCCUGGGCUGGAACUGUUUUCUUUUUCUUCCUCCCAUUCAGAGUUUUAUUCUUGCUGGAGGUUAAAGCUCAAGGAAAGAAUGUCUUUACUAAUGGUUUAGUGUUACCAGAUCUGAGCCUGUUCAAUAACAUCUCAUAUGGAUCCCGUUUCAGUGGUUUUGCUGCAAAAAGAGGAAUAAACAAAAAAAAGCUAAGUAAUCUAGAUGUUUAAGUAAGAUACUAAAAGAAUCUGCCUUUAUCUGCCAACCAGGAUCUAUUUGGGGUCUGAUUGAUGUAUUGGUUUUGUUAAAUUUCCAGUGAACA